UCGAGAGGGUUUUCUUGCCUGCUGUACUUAUGUAGACGAUCAAUGUCUUGAUAGCCUAUUUAGUGUUUUUUUUUAGUUUUUGUGUAUUCAUCACAUUACAUAAUAAAUCGCUAUCAUCCGACCGGGACCGACCGUCACCGAGUGACACUGUCCGACGGGUAACCAUUGACAUAGUUUUCCUCAGCGAGUGCUGAUAUUUUUUUUUCACCGGAAUCGUUUUAUACUGUUUUCAUUUAACGUUUAAAUAUAUAUAUGCUGAGUUUCAUCCUGGAUAUUAGUUUGUUUUAACGCCAAAUAAUAGACUGUCCAAACCACGAAAAAGUGUAACUUGCGUGAACAUGAGAGGGACAAACGUGUCAACAAUAACGCGAGGAUCUGCGUCUUGACGGUUCUCUUUUCGCGAGCGGCCUCCAGAAUUCUCUAAGGCAGCUGAUGGUUUCUUGAAAGUACAUCUGCCGGGGCAACAAAGUUAAACGAAAACUCCCGAAGUCUGCAACGGCUAAAACCAGCAAGCGGCCCCUUUCUAGAAACCAUGACGACUGCUACGCCCCCCUCGUCUCACACGCCCUCCCCGCAGAAGGUGUGCCAUUCCCAGACGCAGACCGACGUCCUCAAGCCUCUGCUCGGCGCUGGGUCCGGAUCCGGAGGUGGUGGGGUGGCAGGACUGAGCCCGGCGGCGCUUAGGAGACGCAGGCGCGUCCUGUCCAAGGACGGCCGGAGCAACGUGCGCAUCGAGCAUGUGAGCGGCCGCGGCACGCUCUACCUGCGCGACCUCUGGACGACCUUCCUGGACAUGCAGUGGCGGUGGAAGCUCUUCCUGUUCUCAGCCACCUUCGCCGGCACCUGGUUCCUGUUCGGAGUGCUGUGGUACCUGGUGGCUCUGGUGCACGGAGAUCUGCUGGAAUUCAACCCGCCCUCCAACCACACCCCGUGCGUGAUGGAGGUCCAGACGCUGACGGGAGCCUUUCUGUUCUCGCUUGAGUCGCAGACCACGAUCGGCUACGGGUACCGCUGCAUCACAGAAGAGUGCCCCGCCGCCAUCAUCCUCCUCAUCCUGCAGCUGGUCAUCACCAUGGUGAUGGAGAUCUUCAUCACCGGUACCUUCUUGGCAAAGGUUGCUAGGCCUAAGAAGCGCGGUGAGACGGUGAAGUUCAGUCAGCAUGCGGUGGUGGCCAAUCACGAGGGCCGACCCUGUCUCAUGAUCCGCGUGGCCAACAUGCGCAAGAGCCUGCUGCUGGGAUGCCAGGUGACGGGUAAGCUGCUCCAGACGUCGCUGACCAAGGAGGGGGAGACGGUGCGUCUGGACCAGAGGAACGUUGCCUUCCAGGUGGACACCUCCAGCGACAGCCCCUUCCUCAUCCUGCCCCUCACAUUCUACCACGUCAUCGACGACAGCAGCCCACUCAGGGCCUGGGCCGCCAAAGGCGGUGGCUGGACGGACCCCGAGCUGGCCGACUUUGAGCUGCUGGUGAUCCUGAGUGCCACGGUGGAGCCCACCUCAGCCACCUGCCAGGUGCGCACCAGCUACCUGCCCGACGAGAUCCUGUGGGGCUACGAGUUCCCGCCCGUGGUCUCCCUCUCGCCCUCCGGCAAGUACGUGGCCGACUUCGCCUUCUUCGACAAGGUGGCCAAGACCAAGGCGCCGCCCCUCUUCAAGCCGGACUCGUCGUCGCUGUCAUCGUCGACGUCGUCACCUCCGGCCGUGCAGACACUCGGAGGUGGUGGUGGUGGAGGAGGAGGGGGGAGUGGUGGCGGGGUGAGCACGGGGUUGGGGUCGGAGGAGUCUGGGGGGGAUCUGGAGAAGAUGAGACUGGAGGAGAGGUACCGGGAGGAGAGGGAGAGGGAG